AUGAGGAUACUAUGUGUAUCUUUAGUUUUGCUACAGCUCAUUGGGACCUGUUUCUGCCAAUUUCCUCGCGCAUGUGCCACCUCAGAGGGCCUACGGACCAAAGUGUGUUGCCCGGUGUGGGAGGGUGACGGCUCAGCCUGUGGUGCCCUGUCAGGCCGUGGGUUUUGUGCUAAUGUGGUGGUCUCUGAAGAGCCGCAUGGGCCCCAGUACCCGCACAGGGGGGUUGAUGACAGAGAGCGCUGGCCUUUAGCUUUCUUCAACAGGACAUGUCGUUGUGCUGGAAACUAUGGAGGUUAUAAUUGUGGUGAAUGCAGGUUUGGUUACUGGGGUUCAAACUGUGCUGAGUACAGGGUGUCAGUGCGCAGGAACAUCCUGACCAUGUCGACUGCUGAGCAACAGAAAUUUAUUUCUUAUCUGAAUUUGGCCAAGAACACCGUCAGCAGAGAGUUUGUCAUCACCACAGGAACAAGAAAAGAGAUGGGUGAAAAUGGAGAGAACCCCCUGUUCGCCAACAUCAAUACCUAUGACCUAUUUGUUUGGAUGCACUACUAUGUGUCCCGGGAUGCCCUCCUAGGAGGGCCGGGCAACGUUUGGGCAGACAUUGACUUUGCCCACGAAUCUGCAGCAUUUCUACCCUGGCACAGAGUUUUCCUGCUCAUGUGGGAGAGCGAGAUUCGGAAGCUCACAGGAGAUUUUAACUUCACCCUUCCAUACUGGGACUGGAGGGACGCCAAGACCUGUGAGGUAUGCACCGAUUCUCUGAUGGGUGCACGCAGCUCUUUUAAUCCCAACCAGAUCAGCCCUGCUUCAGUCUUCUCCUCAUGGAAGGUGAUUUGCACUCAGCCAGAAGAUUACAACAACCGAGAGGUCCUGUGCAAUGCUUCUGGGGAGGGUCCACUGUUGCGCAACCCUGGUAAUCACGAUCCUUCCCGUGUAUCCCGUCUCCCGACAUCAGGUGACGUGGACUUCACUGUGGGCCUCCAACAGUACGAGACGGGACCCAUGGACCGUUUCGCCAAUAUGAGCUUUAGAAAUGCCCUGGAGGGUUUUGCCAGUCCAGAGACCGGUAUGGCAGUGCCGGGUCAGAGCACAAUGCACAACGCCCUGCACCUCUUUAUGAACGGCACCAUGUCCUCAGUUCAGGGGUCAGCCAAUGACCCCAUAUUCCUGCUGCAUCACGCUUUUAUUGACAGCAUCUUUGAGCGCUGGCUCAGGACCCACCAGCCUCCCCGGACCAUUUACCCCACUGCCAAUGCCCCUAUUGGCCAUAACGACGGUUACUACAUGGUGCCCUUCCUGCCUCUCUACAGAAACGGAGACUACUUUCUGUCCAACAAGGUUCUAGGAUUUGAGUAUACCUACCUGUUGGACCCUGGGCAGAGAUUCCUUCAAGAGUUCAUAACACCAUACCUUGAGCAGGCGCAGCGCAUCUGGCAGUGGCUGCUGGGAGCCGGGAUGCUCGGAGCACUGAUUGCAGCAAUCAUUGCUGGAAUUAUUGUUGUCGUACGAAGGAAAUGGAAACGAAACCAGAGGAGGAAGAGGGUGCCGAGCUUCGGAGAGAGACAGCCGCUCCUGCACAGCAGCUCAGAUGAUGGAUCAGCUUCAUAUCAGAAUACUCUGUAAAAAAACACACAGAUACUGAGCCUACAGCAACUGCUGCAUGAGAAUGCACAAACCAUUAGGGACACUCGUUAUAUACGUGGAGAAUG